UGCUGUUCAAGUCAGCAUCUUAGGUGUGGCAACAGUAAACGGCUGUUCCUAAAGACUCUGGAGGGAUUUACACUCCACCGUCUUCAACACAAUCCAGUUAAAGAAUGAGGAAUAAAUAUGCUAUCCUUGUCAUCUGCAUUGUGGCACUCGUCAUCAUUGAAAAGGAAAACAAUAUCAUAUCAAGGGUCUCUGAGAAGCUCACACUCAAGCAGACAGCACAGACUGCAGGGCCUCCGUCAUUCUACAAUGGCUCCAGUGCACCUGUUGUCAUGGACUAUGAUGGUGAAAUGAGUGAAGAGAAUGCCACACGGCUUUUAGAGGCCGAUCAGGGUGGUCAUAAACACAUCCUCUUGUUGGCGGCCACACGUACUGGAUCUUCCUUCGUAGGCGAGUUCUUCAACCAGUUGGGGUCCAACAUGUUCUACCUCUUCGAGCCACUGUGGCAUGUUGAGAGGAUGCUAUCACAGGACAUGGACAUCCCUAAUGCCACGGUUUCAUCUUUGGCCUACAGGGAUGUGCUGCUGAGCCUCUUUUUGUGUGAUUUCUCCUUACUGGAGCGCUUCAUCAGCCCACCUCCUCAGGAGCAUGUCACCCCAGCUCUGUUCCGCAGAGAGUCCAGCAUGGCUCUGUGUGAGGAGCAAGUCUGCACACCAGUGGUAAAGGAUGUGUUUGAGAGAUAUCGCUGCAAGACACGUCGGUGUGGACCCCUCAACCUGACCCUAGCAACUGUGGCCUGCCUUAGUAAGAAAUACAGAGCUAUCAAAUCAGUAAGGGUCCGGCAGCUGGAGACACUUCGCUUACUAGUAGAGGACCCCAGACUGGACAUCAAGGUCAUACAGUUGGUGAGAGACCCGCGUGCCAUUCUGGCCUCUAGGAUGGUUGCCUUCUCUAGUAAGUACCAAACUUGGAAGAGCUGGGCGGUGAAUGGAGAGGUGCCCAUAGAAGAUGAAGAGGUGAAACGACUCCAAGGAAACUGCCAUCAAAUCCGCAUGUCUGCCGAGCUGGGCCUGAGCCGGCCAGACUGGCUAGAGAACCGCUACAUGCUAGUGCGCUAUGAGGACAUUGCCAGGUAUCCCAUGCAGAAAGCAGCCGAGAUGUACAGGUUUACUGGGAUUCCCUUCACAUCGCAGGCCAAGGAUUGGAUCCUUAAGAACACGCAUGCUUCUGAGGUUACCAGUGGAGUAUACUCUACGCAGAAGAACUCUUCUGAACAGGUGGAAAAGUGGCGCUUCAGUAUACCCUUCAACUUGGUACAAGUUGUUCAAGACGUUUGUGGACCAACUAUGGAACUGUUUGGAUAUAAGUUUGCUGAUAGUGAACAGACACUGGUUAAUAAGUCUGUUAGCUUGCUUGAAGAAAAACAAUUUAAUUUAUCAUAAAUUGUUUCCUGUUUUGCAUGUUGUUUGAGGUACUAAAAACCAAGACUGACACAAGCAGAUAUGUAGCACACUGGAACGCAGGUGUUACUGUGGUGCCUUCAGCUCUCAUUUUGUGGUUUAGCUUUAAUCAGACAAAGUGCUUUCAGCUGAGUUUGUCUAAUUGAGAUAAUGAAUGAUUAUUUCAG